UAAAAUUGUUUCAUGCCUCCAAUGCUGACGACGAAUCUGCGCAGUCCAGGUUGAUUUAUGCCGCCAUUACCUUCAGUUCAAUAUCAGCUGAAAGUUUCUCUUCAACCCGUGCUUUGACAAAUAGUUUACUCUUCUCACAAGCCGCCUGUCAUCCACAAGGAUGUCUCUCAUCCCACACCUUGAUAAGAGCGGUCUGUCGACAGUGGGUCGGUUGGUUCACGACUAUGACCGCAUGCUCACCAGCUUCGGCAGCCCGCAUAAUCGGCCAUACUUACCGCCCUUUGACAUCUGUGAGACAGACGCAGCCUACUACCUCGAGGGCGAACUUCCCGGUAUUGACUCAAAUGAUCUGGACAUCGGUUUUGAAGGCGAGCACUGUCUAAAGAUUCAUGGUCAUCACGAUCGCGAUACAACUACUGAAAAGAAAUCGUGGUGGGUAUCGGAGCGCUCGGUAGGGGAUUUUCAACGGUCCUUUUACUUCCCAGCCUCUGUUGACCAGGCAAACACCGAGGCUCAUCUUCAGAAAGGAAUCCUGUCUAUGACUGUGCCCAAAUCUGCCGAGGCGCACCAUAAGACGAAGGUGUCGGUCGUGUAAGGAAGACUGGGUUCGACGGCCCUGUCAGACUGUCCAAAAGUCUCUUCAUGCAUUAUCUUACUUUUACUUGUACCAGAUGUAGUGACAUUAACUUAAAAUCAUGAAAAUCAAAAACAAGACUGCACGCAGAGUUUCAUUACUAGCAUAAGAUUUGUACCAAGUUCAAGAGUUCAAUUCACAGUCGAGAAUAUACCGAUUGC